AUGAGCAAAGUAUAUAUUGCAAUAUCUUUUGUAGUCCUAGCUUUGAGCUUUGUCUAGUGUACUACUAUAGAUAGGAUAAAUCUUGAUAAAAAGACAUACAAUUACCUCCCAUAAACAAGCCUCUAAAGUCAAAGCAGUUCUAACUCCAACAUUUACAAUUGUUAAGCGAUUAAUGAAUACUUCUAAACCAUGGGCUAAAAUGAAUCUCUGUCUCUAAGUUACAGUGUUUUAAAACAUAAUUACUUGCAUAUUACUUUUGAUUAUGCAUUUAUCAACAUAUAAGAAGUAUCAGGAGGUGCGAUUAAGUAAGGUGAAGUUGAUAUAAGUGGUACUACUUAUAACUUUUCAACAAAUGUUUACUCUGACAACUACAAAUGUAUGACAAGAACAGACAACACAAAGGUUGAUGGAAAAUCGUCAGCUUCUUUUGUUUUGGCUCACUCUGGAUAAAUUGAUUUGAAGUUCUAUUCAAAUAAUUUAGCAUCUUUUGCAAGAUUUGGAGUUUCUAAUUUAACAAUUACUGCUACUUAUUGUGGAACAAAUGCUGAACUUAGCUCUAAAACAUUUACUUGUGUAUGUAAAUCAGGAUAUAAAGAGACAAUUACCUAAUAAGGAGGUCUCCAAUUUAAUGAGUGUAAAUGA